GCUCCCCUGGAAUCAACGGUGGAAGAUUUUUGGCGGAUGAUCUGUCAGACGAAUUGCGAAUAUAUCGUUAUGCUAUGUGAUUUUGUUGAGAACAACAUGUGCGUUUGCGCCGAUUACUGGCCAAAAGUUGAGGGACAAAGAGUGGAAUUUGGUGAUACGGAGGUUAAAAAUGCAGGCAUCAAAAAG